CUUUGCCAAAUAAGAGUAAGGUAUAUAACGAAGGUCUUGAGCAGUUCUAUGCUGUCUAUACUGCCAGAUAAUCUGUUAUUCAUCAACACCUCCCUCUUUCCAUCGGAGACAGUCGCCACUUGAGUAUAACUUCCGGCUAUGAUGCCUUCUAGUCAGGGACCGACGGCGCUCAUCGUCAUGUGGACGCUAACGGCUGUCACACUAAUGUUCGUUCUUCUCCGCGUAUAUACCAGGCAAUUCGUCAUUCAUAUGUUUGGUGCCGACGACAUUGCCUAUAUUAUCGCUGGGUUAUUUUUGCUUCUGUAUACAUCGUUCUUCCAAGUGGCGCUUAAUUUCGGCUUUGGUCAGUCAAUUAGCGUGCUAGAGCUCGAAAAUAUUGCACUGGCCAUUAAAUGGGAAAUGGUUGGACAGACGUUUGCGGUCCUGGGCAUGGCGAUAUCAAAGGUCUCGCUCGGCCUCUUCCUGCUGAGGCUUAUGGUCCAGCAGUGGCACAGAAUCGUGAUCUGGGCUGUCAUGCUCAGCUUGUUUGGAUGUUCGGUCCUUACGGCUGUGGUAUUUUGGAUCCAACGCGUUCCUGUGGAGGCAAUUUAUGACCCCCGUUUGAAAACCCCGGAAGCCUGCACAAUCCCUAUCACACCAUUUGCAGUGAUGCUCGGAGUCUGGUGUAUCGUUGCGGAUUUCUUCUUCGCCAUCUUCCCUGCAAUAGUGAUUUGGGGUCUCAAUAUGAAGAAGAAGAAGAAAAUUAUCAUUGCUUCUAGCAUGAGUCUCGGUGUCUUGGCUGGUGUCGCUGGUAUUAUCCGCACAUACGAAGUGGCCGUUGGCUUUACAGCAAACUACACCGAAGACACUGUCUCCUUGAUCAUUUGGUCUGCCGUCGAGAUGUGCGUUACCAUGAUAUGCAUUGGUAUUCCGAUUCUUCGCCCACUAUAUCGCCGCAUCAGGUAUGGAUCCCGUUCAUCAACCCGCGAAGGUUCGUACCAGAGGCAACGCGAAGACAGCAGCCUUGGUCCAUACGAGCUGGGUGGUAUGACAUGGGCGCCUGGCAAGGGCAGGCCCUCGGCUCACGAAUCGAAGUUGGGCAUCCGUACCCAAAUUAUCACAGACAUCCAAACCUCGAACGGCAAUAACAGUGACGAGCAUAUCCUCUCUUCGGUAGAACGGCGCAACCUCAGAUCUGGCAACGUAGUGCAGCCGAAUAGGAUCCAGGUGAAGGACGACGUGAAGGUAGAGUGGAACGAUAGAUAGCAAGUGCUAUUGGUGUCGGGUUUCGGGGUUUUCAUGAGAACAGAACAUAAUCAAUGCGCGGAC